AGACAGGGGAAAACCAACGCACCCUGUCUCUAUAUAAACGUGAAGAUCAAUGCAGUUGAAGAAACAGGCUCUCUUAGGUGAUUCCAACAUUGAGCAGCCGAGAUGGCUACAUAUUUGUCCUUAGUGCUGCUAUUUGCAUAUGCCUCCACAAGCUCUUCAGAUCAAAAUGCAAGCACCAUGCUCCCUGCUGAUGAGAAUCCAAAAGAAGGUCCAUCAAGCGUAGCACCAACAGAAGGUCUGACUAGCACAGCACUAACAGAAGGUCCUGCAAGCACAGUGGCAAAAGAAGGUCCUACUACCACUGCACCAACAGAAGGUCCUGCAAGUACAGUGCCAACACAAGGUCCUUCAGGGAUAGUGUCAACAGAAGUUCGUACUAGCACAGCACCAACAGAAGUUCCUGCAAGCACAGCACCAACAGAAGGUCCUGCAAGCACAAAAGGGCCUGCAAGCACAGUGCCAACAGAAGGUCCUACUAGCAAAGGGCCAACCAAAGGUACUUCAGAGACAAUGCCAACAGAAGGUCCUACUAGCAUAGCACCAACAGAAGGUCUUGCAAGCACAGCGUUAACAGGAGGUCCUACUAGCACAGUGCCAACAGAAGGUCCUACUAGCACAGCACCAACAGAAGGUCUUUCAGGGAAAGUGCCAACAGAAGGUCAUACUAGCACAGCAUCAACAGAAGGUCCUGCAAGCACAGCGCCAACAGAAGAUCCUGCAAGCACAGAAGGUCCUACAAGCACAGUGCCAACCGAAGGUUCUACUAGCAUAGCACCAACAGAAGGUCCUGUAAGCACAAUGCCAACAGAAGAUCCUGCAAGCACAGAAGGUCCUGCAAGCACAUUGCCAACAGAAGGUCCUUCUAGCAUAGAUCCAAUGGAAGGUCCUGCAAGCACAGUGCUAACAGGAGGUCCUACUAGCACAGCACCAACAGAAGGUCCUGCAAGCACAGUGCUAACAGAAGGUCCUUCUAGCAUAGCACCAACAGAAGGUCCUGCAAGCACAGUGCUAACAGAAGGUCCUACUAGCACAGAAGGUCCUACUAGCAUAGCACCAACAGAAGAUCCUGCAAGCACAGUGCCAACAGAAGGUCCUUCUAGCAUAGCACCAACAGAAGGUCCUGCAAGCACAGUGCUAACAGAAGGUCCUACUAGCACAGAAGGUCCUACUAGCAUAGCACCAACAGAAGAUCCUGCAAGCACAGUGCCAACAGAAGGUCCUUCUAGCAUAGCACCAACAGAAGGUCCUGCAAGCACAGUGCUAACAGAAGGUCCUACUAGCACAGAAGGUCCUACUAGCAUAGCACCAACAGAAGAUCCUGCAAGCACAGUGCCAACAGAAGGUCCUUCUAGCAUAGCACCAACAGAAGGUCCUGCAAGCACAGUGCUAACAGAAGGUCCUACUAGCACAGAAGGUCCUACUAGCAUAGCACCAACAGAAGGUCCUGCAAGCACAGUGCCAACAGAAGGUCCUACUAGCACAGCACCAACAGAAGGUCCUGAAAGCACAGUGCCAACAGAAGGUCCUACUAGCACAGGGCCAACCAAAGGUCCUUCAAGCACAAUGCCAACAGAAGGUCCUACUAGCACAGCACUAACAGAAGGUCCUACUAGCACAGUACCAACAGAAGGUUCUGCAAGCACAGUGCCAACAGAAGGCCCUACUAGCACAGCGCCAACCGAAGGAACUUCAGGGACAGUGCCAACAGAAGGUCCUACUAGCACAGCACCAACAGAAGGUCCUGCAAGCACAUUGCUAAGAGAAGGUCAUACUAGCACAGCACCAACAGAAGGUCCUGAAAGCACAGUGCCAACAGAAGGUCCUACUAGCACAGGGACAACCAAAGGUCCUUCAGAGACAGUGCCAAAUGAAGGUCCUACUAGCACAGCACCAACAGAAGAUCCUGCAAGCACAGUGCCAACAGAAGGUCCUGCAAGCACAGUGCCGACAGAAGGUCCUACUAGCACAGCACCAACAGAAGGUCCUACUAGCUCAGUACCAACAAAAGGUUCUGCAAGCACAGUGCUGACAGAAGGUCUUACUAACACAGCACCAACAGAAGGUCCUGCAAGCACAGUGCCAACAGAAGGCCCUACUAGCACAGCGCCAACCGAAGGAACUUCAGGGACAGUGCCAACAGAAGGUCUGACUAGCACAGCACCAACAGAAGGUCAUGCAAGCACAUUGGUAAGAGAAGGUCAUACUAGCACAGCACCAAAAGAAGGUCCUAGAAGCACAGUGCCAACCGAAGGUCCUACUAGCACAGCGCCAACCAAAUGUCCUUCAGUGACAGUACAAAAUGAAGGUCCUAGCACAGCAUCAAGAGAAGAUCCUACUAGCACAGUACCAGCAGAAUAUUCUGUCACUGAAACGACUACCAAGGCACAGAAUGAAAACCCAAAGGAACUCUCAUCUGUCAAGGUCCUUAGAUCUACCCCUGCUCCAAAUAAGACACCAUCCUCUCCUGUUCCAGUGAAACCAACAAAAAAUCCUACUCGACCUAGUAUGGAGAAGAAUGACAAAUCUGAACAAAAGGACACUCACAAUGAUCCUAGUGGCAUUGCUACAAUCAGACCAGCAGAAAAACCUCUUAAUGCUACCUCAGACAAGAAUGGCAAAACAGAUAGUAUUAAAGAUUAUCAAGCUGAUGAUUAUGACACUAACCUCUGCAGUGGUCGUCCAAUCAGUGGUUUGACAACUCUCAGAAAUGGUACCAUUGUGGUGUUCAGAGGACAUUAUUUUUGGACACUGGACAAACAUAGAAAUCCUGAUCCACCUCAGUUAAUUACAAGUGUGUGGGGAAUUCCAUCUCCCAUCGACACGGUUUACACCAGCUGCAACUGCCAGGGCAAAACCUACUUCUUCAAGGGAAAGAACUACUGGAAGUUUGAGAAUGCUGUGAUGGAUUCUGGCUUUCCCAAACCCAUCAGCACAGACUUUGGACAGAUUGGUCAUAUCACAGCUGCUUUACCUAUACCUAAGUACAGAAGCAGAAAAGAGUCUGUAAUCUUCUUCAAAAGAGGUGGGAUGGCGCAAAAGUACACAUAUCAGAUUACUCCAAAUUGUGGGACAAAGACAAGAAUUCCUAUGCUGACAGUGAGGACGAGAGCCAGACGACAAGCUGCUGCAGCUCUGGGUCAAGUGAUCAAUAUCUCAAAGACCUGGAGGGGAUUUCCGACCAUGGUGACCUCAGCUGUGUCUGUACCCUCAAGGGUGAAAGAGGGAUACAAGUAUUAUGUAUUCACUCAAAACAAUUAUUACAGCAUCAAAAUGGAAGGAGAAAGACCAGUGAUCCUCAAACCUGCUACAGGUCCAAAGGAAAACUCUGCAACCAGCUUCUUUAAAUGCCCAGAAACCCAGAAAAACUGAGUCCUUUGUCUCUUUCCCUCAUACCAUAUGUGUUUAUAUUUAUAUUAAAUUUAUAUUUCUAGUGAUGCACUUGUCUUAGGUGCAGUGCAAAACAACCUUAGUAAUGCUGCAUCAUUGGAGAUGGAAUUAGGGACAAACAAAGACUUCCUUUGAAACAUUUUAUUGUACAGAUGUAAAAUCAUUAAAAUAUCAUUGAUGGAUUGCUCAGAGCAUUAAAUGAACAAGCAAAAAUUAUAAUACAUUGACUGAAGUCUUAAAGUAGAACAAAGGUAUGGCUGUGUUCUUCUGGAGCCAUUCAUUCAGAAUGUGUUGCUUCAGAACU